AUGAUGACAUUACACGUAAACGGAAGUAGUAACCCAUUAGGAGUAAGUUCAAACGUUGACCGAGUGCCAAUGCAUCCAUAUUACAUGUUCAAAGAUCUUAUUACUAUUUUCUUAUUCUUCUUAGUAUUAGCUAUUAUUGUAUUCUAUCUACCUAAUGUAAUGGGUCACAGUGAUAACUAUAUUCCUGCUAACCCUAUGCAAACACCACCAUCAAUUGUACCUGAAUGGUAUCUUCUUCCAUAUUAUGCUAUUUUACGAUCUAUUCCAAAUAAAUUAUUAGGAGUUGUAGGUAUGUUAGCAUCUCUACUUAUCUUAUUAGCUAUGCCAGUAUUAGACAGAUCUCGAAUUCGAGGAGCUCAAUUCCGACCUUUAAUGAAAUUCUCAUUCUGGGUAUUCGUAACAGAUUUCUUCUUCUUAAUGUAUAUUGGAUCACAACAUGCUGAAGAACCUUUUGUAACUUUAGGAUCUAUUAGAACAGCUAUUUAUUUUGGUUGGUUCUUAAUCUUAGUACCUGUUAUUGCAUUCAUUGAAAACACAUUAAGAGAUAUUAGAACACGAGAAAACUAG